AUGAACUCCCUACGUGUUGCCCGGAGCGCUCUCCGUGUCCGCCCAUCCGCCCUCAAGGCUGCGCCGCUCAUGAGGCGCUCGUACGCCGAUGUUGCGUCGGACAAGAUCCAGUUGACUCUGGCUCUGCCUCACCAGGCUAUCUACAAGUCGCAGGAUGUUGUGCAAGUCAAUAUUCCCGCCGAGUCUGGAGAAAUGGGUGUCCUCGCCAACCACGUGCCUUCUAUUGAGCAGCUGAAGCCGGGUCUUGUUGAGGUUAUUGAGGAGUCCGGUGGCAGCAAGCAGUUCUUCCUUUCCGGUGGCUUCGCUACCGUCCAGCCAAACUCUGUCCUGAGCAUCAACGCCGUCGAGGGAUACCCACUUGAGGACUUCAGCGCCGAUGCCGUAAGGAACCAGAUCGCCGAGGCACAGAAGAUUGCCAGCGGCGGAGGCAGUGAGACGGACGUCGCUGAGGCAAAGAUCGAGCUGGAGGUUCUGGAGAGCCUUCAGGCAAGCCUCAAGUAG